AUGAGUAUUCCUGUUGAUGACCGUGUUGAAGCAUGUAAUAUUAGUGAUUUAAGUGUUAAAGAACUUUCUAGUUAUUUCAUUGAUUUAGACGGUAUAGAGGAUUUAUGUGAGGAUUUAAAAAACUUAUAUGAAAAGGAACAGUGUUCUACUUUAGGCGAUGAGAAAUAUCUGCGAAUUUUAGAAAAGGAAGCCGAGCUUGUUGAGGAUAUUGCUAUUACUUCUAUGAACUUUGUACGGGAUUAUGGUAAAAUAUUAACAGUGAUGAGACACUGUUCCCAAAAACAACGUGAUGAAACUAAACCGAAGAAAAAUAAUUGA